GCCAUUCGUGCCCGGUUUUAGUAAAUCUUCGAAGAAGCCGAUAUCAAGAUAUCCAUUUCUGUCGGCUCCGUGACCGAGAUCAAUUUCAGGUCCGUCAACCAAUACGAACGGCCAAUUCAAACACCUUUUCAAUCAAACUCAACAUCUCUCAUGGCCUCGUUCGACUUUAAACCGAAAUCAGCGCAUUCACGACUGCUGUAGGCACAAAGCAUCACAAGGACAUCUAGGUUACUCUCGGAGGCGUGCUCACGGAUUCCUGCUGUACCCAAAAGCAACUCCUUAUCAUUAGGGGUUUUGAAGUGCUCAUCUUUUUUGGGACAUAUUAAAUGCCAUCGCGCAAAGACAUAUUGGCCUUUCUCAGAGGACGCACGCAGGAUGUCUCUGCAAAACAGGACAACUUGCGUCGGACGGUGGUCAGAUCACCUACAUACCACCCCAUUGCCCAUCGUGACUCGCGACUUCUUCACCUUUUCCCGGGACAAUGGGAAGAUCCUAUCGCCUUCGACCUUGUGCCAUUUUCGACAGAACUUGAAAGCCUACCUUUCUACGAGGCCGUAUCAUACACAUGGGGAGACCAAACAGAUUGCCUUCCCGUCACUUGUUCCGGUCGUGAAAUUGAUAUCACUCUUAAUGUCGCAGCCUUAUUGCGUCGUUUCAGACUUCAUGAUAACAUACGGUUGUUAUGGAUCGACGCUGUAUGUAUCAACCAAAAGGAUGACAGAGAGAAAUCGAUCCAAGUUGCCAUGAUGGACACUAUCUACAGAAGAGCUAACCGGGUAUUGAUUUACCUGGGAGAGUCCGACGGCCGCGAUACUACAACAGUGAUGAAAUGUUUUGCGAAGCGGUUCUCUUCUCAGCAUCUUGGCCUGAAGAUAUUCACCGGUUUUCUAGAAAGUCGUCCUUGGUUUAACCGGAUCUGGGUUUUGCAAGAGGUUGCGUUGGCAGAACAUGCCCUUGCUAUUUGCGGGUCAAUAUGUAUUCCAUGGGCCUGUAUUCCAGCUUGGUGGGCUGCUAACGUCGAAAACCUCCGAUCCUCAUUUGCACCUCCUCCAACUUUGUCCAUUGAUCCUAUAGCGCUCAAACGCUCCUCUCUACUACAACAACUUCACGAUACCAGGUUAAGUCGCGCUACGGAUCCUCGGGACAAAGUCUACGGGCUGAUUGGGCUUCUUUCACCUGAGGAUGAGCUGAGUGUGAUGGUAGAUUACACUCAAUCUAUCGAUAUUGUCUACAAAUAUGUGGCUUCAUCCAUUAUGUCACGAGUGAAAUCCCUCAAAGUCCUUUCAGCAGUGGCAGCAAUCAAUACUCACGACCGUCCUCGGAGUUCUCUUCUUUCAUGGGUUCCUGAUUGGCAACAAGAUCCGGGCCUGACCUCAUUAGGAUUAUCGAAUAUGUACCUUGAACCUUAUGGCGCUGGUGGCAGCGUUGCUUGCGGACUCCAUAUUUCCACUGAUCACCUUCAGCUUAGCUGUCUUGGAAUCAACCUGGACGUAGUUGAGUCACUUGGAGAAUUGUGUCCAGUCCAGGCACCAAUAUCGGAAGGCAAGAUUCUCCCUACCCUUAAUCAAUGGUGGCAAUUGCUAAUUGGGACGUGGGAGACACGAUCAUCGAAAUUACGGAGAAACACGAGUAAGCUUCUUAAAAACGCCGUCUCUUACGCACCAGAUAUGGGAAUCUACUGCCGAGUACGCUCACCGGAUGCAAUCUUUGUCGAAAAUCAGGGGCCGUACGCUCUGUGGUCCACUUUUAAGUAGGGAUGUAAUUUCCAGAGUUUUAAGGAAGCUGGAGCUUCCAUAGAAAAACACAACAAUCAAGCUUCAUUUCAAUAAUCUUGUCCUCCUUCUUGUAUACGUUGGCCGCAUAACCUUCGUCAACGCUGCACCUAGGGACAUUGUCGCCAUCUUGGUUGGCGCCCCCGUACUCCAUAUACUUCGAAAGCAAGGAAAUCGGUACAGUCUUAUUGGCGAGUGCUAUGCCUAUGGCGUAAUGGGUGGCGAAGCACUCGGACAUUUGUGUGAAGAUUUGAAACCGAUGGGGCACCGAUGUCGACCUUGUCCAAAGAGUAAAUCCGAUGCACAAUUGGAAAGAUUUCUCAUAGAGUAAAGUUGAUGGGCCUACAAAUUUUUUGUCAGCUGUGCCGGGUUGAAGAGCAAGAAUGCGAAUUGCUUUGGGCAU